AAAAGUGUAAGAUAAGAGGGUAUCCUUUUUUUAUAAAUGCAUAUAUAUAUUUAUAAAUUUAUAUAGUUUUUUUUAAUCUAAUCGUGAUAUCCCAUGUAAUUCGAGUUAAUACAUUUUGUGGCCUUUAUUUAAGGUGAACAGACAGAAAACGAGAAGACAGAGCAGGCGGGAAAACACGCAGUAAAGUGUCUGAAGGUCAAAUUGAACCCUGCAUUUAGGACUAAUAGCCUGUAUAUGAGCUAUACCAUCCUAUGCUCUCAAAUUUCACCUGUAAAUAAAGUUUUGGUCAUGAUGUAUCACAUUUAGACUUGAGAAUCUGGUUACAUAUGUUUGCUUUUGACCAAUGUGCUAUUAUUAUUGUUAUUAUUAUUGUUAUUUUUUAUUGUACGUUUUAUUUCUUUCUUUCUCAGUCAUAAUAGAAAUGCGUUUUUUUCUGGCCGAAACGGGCCUCCAUACUUUCCUUAAACCUUUCACAUUCCAGUGGAGCGUAAAUGUCACAGGGCGGUGUUACGUUCACUGCCCCCUCCCCCUUACACCACGAGGCUCUAGUGUUGACAGGCCAAUAGCCGCCUAUAGGCACUCAGCACCCAGCUUGCUGCCUGACAAAGACGGGUCUCCCUUCCCACUCGUUUAACCAUCGCCUGAAAACUCCUGUUGUUUGACGCUAAUCUUUUUUUGAAAGCCUUUUUUUAUUUGGAUCUCCGAGUGCUGAAGACAAAGAAUAAGCGGCGCACGGCAUUUUUUCCCUUUUAGUGCAAGACAAACCAACCAGACCCCGCCUUCGCUUAAUUUAUCAACAAAGGGGUUUGACAAGCUCGGAAAGCCCUGCCCCCAUGUUUCCAUAAAAGGAUGAUCUGGCUAUACCCGGCCAGCAAUCAAACCCUGGGUAACCUUUUCUUUACACCAUCCUCUUCAUAUGGUGCGUUGACUUCCUCCGGCGCUGUGAAAGCGGAGCUAUGAUGGCGGAGCGCGUACAGCAGCCCCCGGCUAAGCGGCUCUGCCUUAGACCGGGCUUCGGCGCAACAUGUAGGCAAGGCCAGCGGGCCGCGGGGGCUCUGUGCGGCGGCUCGGCUGCCACCCAGGGCGAAUCGAGCCGAACCCAGAGCCCGGAGUCUCUCUUGGACAUCGCGGCGAGGAGAGUCGCGGAGAAGUGGCCAUUUCAGAGGGUGGAGGAGCGCUUCGAGCGGAUUCCGGAGCCCGUUCAGAGGCGGAUCGUGUACUGGUCCUUCCCGAGGAGCGAACGGGAAAUCUGCAUGUACUCAUCGUUCAACACCGGCGGCGGGGAGGAGGUCGGAAGUGGCGCUGAGAGCGGCGACGAGACGCGGCUGCCGUUCCGACUGGGCAUCGCUCUGCUGGAGAGCGGCUGCGUGGACAACGUACUGCAAGUCGGUUUUCACCUCAGUGGGACAGUUCGGGAACCGGCCACGUCCUCUGAGCCAGAGCUGCUCUGCAACGUAAGUGUCAGCUUCGACCGCUGCAAAAUCACAUCGGUAACCUGCAGCUGCGGCAACAAGGACAUCUUCUACUGCGCCCACGUGGUGGCGCUCUCACUGUACAGAGUACGGAAGCCCGAGCAAGUCAAACUGCGGCUGCCCAUCUCAGAGACGUUAUUCCAAAUGAACAGAGAUCAGCUGCAAAAGUUCGUUCAGUACCUGAUCACGGUGCAUCACACCGACGUGCUGCCGACGGCGCAGAAGUUGGCUGAUGAAAUAUUGUCACAGAACUCCGAGAUCAACCAGGUGCAUGGAGCUCCAGAUCCGACAGCAGGGGCAAGCGUGGAUGAUGAGAACUGUUGGCAUUUGGAUGAGGAACAAGUCCAGGAACAGGUCAAGCUCUUUCUCUCCCAGGGCGGGUACCAUGGCUCGGGAAAGCAGCUUAACUUACUCUUCAGCAAGGUGAGAGAGAUGCUGAGGAUGAGGGACUCCAACGGGGCUCGCAUGUUAACACUGAUCACAGAGCAGUUCAUGGGUGACCCCAGACUGGCGCUGUGGAGGCAACAGGGGACCACCAUGACUGACAAGUACAGGCAGCUGUGGGACGAACUAGGCGCCCUGUGGAUGUGUAUCGUCCUGAAUCCUCACUGCAAACCCGAGCAGAAGGCUGCGUGGCUCCGGCAGCUCCGCAGGUGGAACGGUGUGGACGUUUGUCCCUUGGAGGACGGUAACCAUGGCAGCGAGCUGAUCAAUCUGACCAACGUUCUGCCUCAGGGCCCUCCUGGCAAUCCAGUCUCUCUGACGCGGCCUCAUCGGACCGUCUUCAUGCGAGCCAUCGAGGCCUGCGACCUACAUUGGCAGGACCCUCACCUACAGCAUAUCAUCACAGAGGACCAUUACAACAACUACUGUUACCAUGACAACCUCGAUGGUUGCCUCUUUGACUCCAGAGGGUGGCCCCUGUGGCAUGAACACGUCCCUACAGCAUGUGCCCGAGUGGACGCCCUGCGAUCUCAUGGUUACCCCAAAGAAGCUCUCAGGCUGGCCAUCGCCAUCAUCAACACGCUGCGAAGGCAACAGCAGAAGCAGCUGGAGCUUUUCCGGGGCCAUAAAAAAGAGCUGCUUCAUAGAGGUGUAACAUCUGUCACCAACCUGGAGGGCUGGGUGGGCCACCCUCUGGACCCCAUUGGGACUCUGUUCGGCACCCUCAUGGAAACAGGAUGGGGGAGCGAUGACGGGGCGACCCUCGACUUUUCAGCAGGCACAUGCAGGAAGACAGAGAAUCACGUCUAUAUGCCGCUGCCUUUUCUGGAGGAAGGUGAGACGUUCAUGUCGCUGGCUGUGGAGACGGCUCUGAUUGGCUUAGGUCAGCAGAGGGUGAUGCCAGAUGGCCUUUACGCCCAGGAAAAGGUGUGUCGCAAUGAAGAACAGCUACUGGCCAAGCUUCAGGAAGUUGACUUAGACGAGAUGCUGGUGAAGAUCUUCCGGAAGCAGGCCACAUUACUGCUAGAGGCUGGUCCUUACAGCGGUCUGGGGGAAAUACUCUACAGAGAGAGCGUCCCCAUGCACACUUUUGCCAAGUAUCUUUUCACCUCCCUGCUACCUCACGACGCCGAGCUGGCGUACAGAAUUGCACUGAGGGCCAUGAGGUUGCCGGUCCUCGAGUCCACGGCCUCUUCUGCUGACUUGUCUCGGCCUCAACACAUAGUGUCGGUGGUGCCCAACCGCUACCCACGCUGGUUCACCCUGAGCCACAUAGAGAGCCAGCAGUGUGAGCUGGCCUCUACCAUGCUUACUGCUGCUAAAGGUGAUUCCUGCAGGCUCCACACAGUGUUAGAAUCUAUCCAGAAGAACAUCCACUCAUCCUCUCACAUCUUCAAGCUGGCUCAGGAUGCCUUCAAAAUCGCCACUCUGAUGGACAGCCUGCCGGACCUCACACUGCUCAAAGUCUCCCUGGAGCUGGGCCUCCAGGUGAUGAGACUAACCCUGUCCACGCUGAACUGGCGGAGAAGAGAGAUGGUGCGCUGGCUCGUCACAUGUGCUACUGAAGUUGGCGUGUUUGCUCUAGACAACAUCAUGCAGAACUGGUUCACGCUCUUCACCCCGACGGAAGCAACCAGCGUAGUGGCUAGCACCAUCAUGUCCAACAGCACCAUUGUUCGCCUGCAUCUGGACUGCAAUCAGCAGGAAAAGCUGGCCAACUCUGCCCGCACCCUAGCGCUGCAGUGUGCCAUGAAGGACCCCCAAAACUGUGCCCUGUCUGCCCUGACGCUCUGCGAGAAGGACCACAUUGCCUUCGAGACAGCCUACCAGAUUGUACUGGAUUCAGCCGCCACAGGAAUGAACUACACACAGCUGUUUACAAUAGCACGCUAUAUGGAGCACCGGGGCUAUCCCAUGAGGGCAUACAAACUAGCAACGUUAGCGUUGACCCACCUUAACCUCAGUUACAACCAAGACACACACCCGGCCAUCAACGACGUGCUCUGGGCAUGCGCCCUUAGCCACUUGCUGGGGAAGAACGAGCUGGCGGCCGUCAUCCCCCUGGUGGUGAAGAGCGUGAAGUGUGCCACCGUCUUAUCGGACAUCUUGCGGCGGUGCACGCUGACAACACCGGGCAUGGUGGCGCUGCACAGCCGCAGGAACUCUGGGAAGCUGAUGUCUUUGGACAAGGCUCCACUCAGGCAGCUGCUGGAUGCCACCAUUGGGGCUUACAUCAACACAACGCACUCUCGGCUAACACACAUCAGCCCGCGCCACUACAGUGAGUUCAUCGAGUUCCUCAGUAAGGCCAGGGAGACGUUUCUGAUGGCGCAGGACGGACACACCCAAUUCACGCAGUUCAUAGACAACCUGAAACAAAUCUACAAGGGCAAGAAGAAGCUCAUGAUGCUCGUUCGAGAGAGAUUCGGUUGAAUGACGGAAUUUCAACUUGUUUUCUAACUGGGAGAAGAACAUUCAUGGGAAUCUUACCAUUGUGAUUCCAGACUGAUGGCUCUAACAUAAGGAACAAGGUCCUGAGGCCUAAAAAGCAACACUGCGUUGUAAAAAUGUACUAAGCAUGGGCAGAGACAUUCUAGCAUUGGAACAGCCAAAAGUGAUGAAGGUGAAGCAGAAACCCUGAAUCAAAAACAACCAUAAACCAAUACCAGGGGGCAGAUGCAUGAAACUGUGUUAACAAAGAGUAAAAAAUGACCUUCCACCUCCUAGAGGAGUGACACAUUCAUAAAUUACAUCCCAAUCUCCUAAUAUAGCUUUACUUUAUAGCAUCUUCUGGAAGUGUUAAACUAAUUAAAAAAGAAACUUCAUGGAAGAUUUACCUGUUAUUGAGGAAAAAAAAUCAUGAGAUUAGGUGACGCUUCAACUCUUAAAUUGUUCAUAGUUUGUUAUUUCAGUGGACGGUGGGUGAUAUCAGUAGCAUUGUAGGGAAACUUUUGCAUAUAAGAUCAUGAAGUUUCCCUACUACUGUUUGUCAGAAUUUUGACCUCACUGGGAUGAGCUUCAUUUUGCUGCCACACAUAGAAAUAGACACUCCAUGAAACUUCCUAUCACUCCUGCUGUAGCCUGCUCACGGUUGCGACAGUCACAAGAUGGUUAGCCCCAGUAAGGCUUUGCACUGGUGAAGACAGUGCAGUAAAGCCAAGCACACCUACCAGGAUCUGAUCCUGGAGCUGCUUUUUUGUCUUUAUCGUCUUAUGUUUGUGAUCGGCGUAGUUAGCGUUGCUGAUUGUAAACAGCAGCAUCCAUAUGUAUUCCCGAGAGAAUGUAUAUUGCUACAUUAGUUCCCAGAUUUCCGAAUAACAUUUCCUAAUCCAGUAUGAUCAAUGAUGGAAGCUGAAAGCCCACACAACAGAGCAACUUAUUCUACCAGGUUCAGCCUUCCUGUUAUCUGCUAAAAGUCUUGCUUUCUUGCAGCCUGAAUGAACAUUUUUAAAUAUGUAACACUGAGUUUUGCUCGGUGGGGUUGGCACCUCCUGGAUUAAAAAUUGACGAAUGUGACUUUUAUUUUCUCCAACAUAUAUCUAGAACUCCCAAAUAUAUUUAAAAGAUUUAAAAGCAUCCAAAUCAAAAUCUGUGAAUAAACCAGCUUCAGAAUUUUACCUGAAAUGAAACGAUGAUUAACUGGACUCUGAUUUGAUGUUGGUGACAUUGCAAACAUGUCGGGGGGGGGAGGUUUUCUUUCUUCUUAAACAUGUAUGAAAUGAUGUAGUGAUGGUUUUAGUACACACAAUGUUUCUGCAUCUGAUCCUCGGUCUUAAAGUGUAAAAACCUGAAGUUUUAGAAGAAGUGUUUGUACCUAGAUGUUCCAUUCUUUCCCUUUAUUUGUAUGAUAGUGAGAGUGUUGUCGUCCAGCCGCUGAAAAGCCCGCCUUGUACUCCUCCAACUUCCCUCAUCUAACGCCCACAGCCUCAAAGAGAGGACAAACUGCUUUAAACCAAAUGGAACAACUCUAUCUGAAAUGAAAAGUACCUCUUGUUUAAAAUCAAUAAAUCCAGCUUUACUCCUUUAACCCCCGCCCUGCACCCUCCGAGUUCAUCCGCCCAAGAGGAAAUGAGUAAAUGCAGAAUCAGAGUGUAUUUUGCGGCCUUUUCUCAAGCUUCACGAUGUCUCCCACAUUCAGACUGCUCUUGUUGUGAACACAUCGGUCACAUAAUGCUGACAGAGAAGCGGAGAAGCGUCAAUACUCGCUCAUGUGGAAACUGUCAAACUACCUUCUCAGGGAUUUCUUUCCAAAAGCAGACAGAAAAAAAACAAAAGCAUUUUAUGUGUCUUGUAUAUAUGAAAGCAUAUGUCUGAUUAUUGGAUAACAUGUAUGUUAACUAAUUUAUGACAGAAUAUUCUAUGUAAGGCACAAUACUUGAAGCUGCAGUACUUUGGGUUUGUGAAACAAAAAGAGAAACAUAUCAGCAGGACUUCAAGAUGUUGGCCUUGCAUUGCGUCAGGAUGGCGCCCUGCAGACACGGACUGAGCUGCAGAAACAUGGGAAGGGUUCUACUGAAAACAGAGGUGCAUUGAGGAUUUUUGAAGUUGGACAAAGAGAGGCCUGUGGAGGCAGAGCAGCAGCAGCAGCAACCGCCGCCACCGCUCUCCACUGCGCUCCUCGGAGCAUUCAUAAUGUCCACACAUCCUCUUCUCUUAUCUCGACUUUGUGCAGGACAGAAAGUUGCUCUCUGCGGUGGUUCUCGACUGUUCCACGUUCGUUGACUUUCAUUUCUCUGCCUCUUUAACUUGAUCUGCUUUUGUUUCUUUCUAAUAUUUGCUCACAUGAACAGCCUUCUAUCUUACCUUGUCUUAAUGCUUUAAAUGACCCAAAUGGGAGUUGGAAGUACCAAACUGUUUUCCUCCGCCAACGAACUUGUGUUACAGCCCUCUUUGAUUUGUAGCUGGACUGGCUCGGUGCUGUGUGCUUUAAAAAGCUAAUCUCAUCCUCUUUCUGGUGUCGUCUGUUUGUAGCACCUUCGUUUAGAAACGAAUAUUGCUCCUUUUUAUUUAUUAUGUCAAGUAAAUGAUUGUACGACCAUGUCAACAUUCUCAUGAAUAUGAAGAUUUGAUACACUGAUCAAUUUAUUUAUGUAACUAAAUCACUGUUUUAUAAACUUGUUAAUGAAUCAACAUUUUGUUUGGAUUAAAUUAGUUUUUUGAGAGGA